UUCAAACCUUGCUAAUCAUGUCUGGACGAGGAAAGACCGGAGGAAAAGCCAGGGCGAAGGCCAAGACCAGGUCAUCCCGUGCCGGGCUCCAGUUCCCCGUUGGCCGUGUGCACAGACUUCUUCGCAAGGGCAACUAUGCUCAUCGCGUCGGAGCCGGAGCUCCAGUCUACCUGGCUGCCGUGCUUGAGUAUCUGACCGCUGAGAUCCUGGAGUUGGCCGGUAACGCCGCCCGUGACAACAAGAAGACCCGCAUCAUCCCCCGCCAUCUGCAGCUAGCCGUGCGUAACGACGAAGAGCUCAACAAACUCCUCGGUGGAGUGACCAUCGCCCAGGGCGGUGUGCUGCCUAACAUCCAGGCCGUCCUUCUGCCCAAGAAGACCGAGAAGCCCGCGAAGAAGUAAACUGAAAACCCAUCUACAAUCAACAAAAGGCUCUUUUAAGAGCCACUCAAAUCUACUAAGAGAUAUUCCGUAUGCCUACUGAAAGUCAACUGCGAUAAUUAUCUCAAAUGAUUAGAAGCAGGAGACCCCAUAGGUAAUCUUAAAAUCUUUACAUGGACCUAACUGUAUAUUAGGGUAGCUUCAAGAAAGGCUGGACAUAGGCCUAAUGCAUCACAACAAGAUGAACGUAAUCAUCUGAAGCUUCAAGUGGCCAAUGAUAACGUUGAUGUGGUCCCUGAGCUUUGCUCAAGAGUAUCACGCUUAAGAGAAUAUUUUCUCAAUAUGUAAACCCUAUUUGUGCUCACCAUGAUGAACGGCAUAACGUUUAGUAGCUACAAUGAGCUUUCUAAGUCUCACGUCUCCAGUAAAAGCUAGAGGUGCUAAAACGCCGGUUGUUUAAGGGUAAUGCUUCAUGGGUAAAUCUUUGCUAGGUAUUUGGCUAUUUGUUCUUUAUUACAUUGUAGGUUUAGCAUACUGCUGAUUCAUUUGUUUAUUUAUGUUUAUACAAUGCAAGUAUGCUAGAUUCCUCCCCCCACUACGACGGCAUGUAGCCAACUGUUUCAAUCGAUUUAG